UCAACGAACCGAACCCGCUAAUCGGUUCAGAAGCUUUUCGUUGUUCGGACCAUUUUUUCCUCAGAAAUGUCGGCGGCGAACUGAAAACAGAUGAAUGAAAUCAUUGGCCUCUCUUCUACAAAGCUCUUCUCUCUCACUCCACAAUCUUCUCGCCACACAUUGUCGAACCAUCAGAUGUGGUUGCAUCGCCGACAUUUACCUCUCGAACAGGGUUUUGGGCAACUACCUCAAUUGCGGGGAGUUUGGUCUUGCCCAGAAGCUGUUCGACGAAAUGCGUCACAGAGACUCUGUUUCGUGGAACACGAUGAUUGCUGGUUAUGCCAGCCGUGGGAAUCUGGUGAACGCUUGGGGUUUGUUUAGAUGCAUGAGAAGCUUAGGAUUUGACGUUCAUGGGCAUAGCUUCAGUAGUAUAUUGAAAGGGGUUGCUUACGCAGUAAGGUUUGAUCUUGGGCAGCAAGUGCAUUCUUUGGUAAUAAAGACGGGGCUUGGGUGUAAUCUCUUUGUGGGAAGUGCGCUCGUCGAUAUGUAUGCAAAAUGCGAAAGAGUUGAGGAUGCUCUUGAAGCUUUUCAGGAGAUCCCUGAACCUAAUUCUGUCUCCUGGAGCGGUUUGAUCGCUGGGUUUGUGAAAAUAGGAGAUAUCGAAAGUGCGUUUUGGUUGUUAAGACUUAUGGAGAUGGAGGAUGUGAAGCUUGAAGAUGGAACUUUUGCUCCAAUCCUUACACUGCUCGAUGAUCCGUGUUUUUAUGAUUUAUUAACGCAGGUUCAUGGUAAGGUUUUAAAACUCGGGCUCGACUAUGAAAGUACUGUGCGCAAUGCGAUGAUCACUUCUUACGCAGAGUGUGGUUCAAUUCUAGAUGCGAAGAGAGUUUUUGAUACUGCGGUUGGAUCAAGAGAUUUGGUUACCUGGAAUGCAACGCUUGCAGCUUUCUUUGUUCAUGAGCAAGAGGAACAUGCGCUUGAGCUGUUUCUUGAUAUGCAAGAGACAGGGAUCGGUCCUGACAUCUAUACUUACACCAGCAUCCUAAGUGCUUUGUCUGGAAAGGGAAGGCAAAUGCUCGGGAAAUCCUUGCAUGAUUUGGUUAUCAAGAAAGGACUAGAACAUGUAACUUCGGUGUCAAAUGCUCUGAUGAUGAUGUAUCUGCAAACCACUAACAGAACAAUGGAAGAUGCGGUCCGUGUAUUUGAAUCCUUGGAAUGUAAGGAUCUUGUUUCUUGGAAUUCCAUUUUGACUGGGUUCUCACAAAAGGGUCUGAGCCAGGACACGUUAAAGUUCUUCCGGCACUUGAUAUCAUCUGACAUAGAAGUCGACCAUUACUCCUUUUCUGCAGUACUUAGAUCAUGUUCGGAUCUUGCGACACUGCAAUUAGGUCAACAGGUUCAUGCCCUUGCAACUAAAUCGGGUUUCGAGUCCAACGAAUUUGUAGCCAGUUCUCUUAUCUUCAUGUACUCAAAGUGUGGGGUAAUCAUGGAUGCUCGAAAAUCUUUCGAGGAAACCUCCAAGGAUAGCACGAUAGCUUGGAACACGAUGAUUCUCGGGUACGCUCAGCAUGGUUCGGGUCAAGUUGCACUUGAUUUGUUCGCCCAGAUGAGGAACCGAAAUGUGAAACUCGACCACACGACAUUCACCGCUGUUCUAACGGCUUGUAGCCAUGUCGGGUUGGUUCAACAAGGCAUCGACCUCCUAAACACCAUGGAACCCGUCUUCAGAAUCUCACCGAGGGUGGAACAUUACGCUUGUGCAGUUGAUCUCCUAGGUCGAGCAGGAUUACUGAACAAAGCUAAGAACUUGAUAGAAUCCAUGCCAUUAAAACCCGAUCCAAUGGUGUGGAAAACCUUUCUCGGAGCUUGCAGGGCGUGCAGAGACAUAGAGCUUGCCACUCAAGUAGCUAAUCAUUUACUUGAAAUUGAGCCGGAAGAGCACUGUACGUAUGUAUUGCUCUCUGAUAUGUAUAGCCAGAUGAAGAAAUGGGAUGAGAAAGCGAAAGUGAAGAAGAUGAUGAGGGAGAGAGGUGUGAAGAAGGUUCCUGGUUGGAGUUGGAUUGAAGUUAGGAACAAAGUUCAUGCCUUUAAUGCAGAAGAUCGAUCUCACGUUCAUUGCAGAGAUAUUUAUUUGAUGCUUGGAGAUUUGGUUAAGGAAAUCCAGUGGUCUGAUUCCGACAAUGGGUUUGACGAAUCUCUUGUUCUUGGUUCUUAUCAAAACGCAUGAUGAUUCUGUCCAACUCAUCAUUUAGCUAUUUGUACUCUUCUUCUUCUUCUUCUUCUUCUUCUUUAGUUCUUCCUCGUUCGAGUCUCGGGAAUGUUCCUCGGAUCUAAAGAUGUUGCCCUUAGCGUUCCCAAGUUCUUGGAGAGAAUUUUGUCUAUAGAUAGAUGCAAGGGAAAAUCAUUCGAAGAUGGGACAUCGAAUUAUUCAGAUUGGUAUACUUUUGUUUCCAGGUGUGGUUACUUUGGUUUCGAUUCGUGUUGGUAUGAUUAUUUUUUAGGUUUAUUUUU